AUGGAUGAAACUGAAAUUACCAAUACUGCCGAAAUCAUAACUGAAGACGACAUUUCGAAACAUUCAUUUUUACCGGAAGAAAGAUUUGUACCGGAAAAGGUGGAUAGGAUCGAGAUCGAACGUGAAGAUCUAAAACACAGGCUUCUUUACAAUGUGUCUGAUCAAACGCCUAUACACAUAGCCAUCUUUUCUGCUUUUCAGCAAGUCCUGAUAGGAUUGUCCACUUCGCUUGCCGUAUCGUCAUUCGUUGCUGAUGUAACAUGUGCUUCCGAAUUUCCGGACAUAAAGACCGACCUCCUCAGCACGACUCUACUUAUGAAUGGAGUGACAACACUACUGAUAGUUACUAUUGGCACCAGGAUACCAGUUUUUCAGGGAGCUUGUGCCGACUAUGUAGUGCCACUACUAGCCAUACAACUAGUGAACAAAGAUUUCUGUAAACUUCCCGCAAAUGGUACAUUGACCAAAGGAAAUUUCAGCCAACUAAAUGCAACAUUGGAUGACGUUAGUCGAAAGAGAGAGCAUGCCUUUACAAAGUUACAAGAGUUCCAGGGUUGUCUCAUGUUGGUGGGCGUCAUCCAUACUCUGGUCGGAAUGACUGGCACUGUGGGCUUCCUCCUUAGGUUUAUAGGUCCAAUCACAGUGGUACCUACUAACCUACUCAGUGGCAUUUUUCUGUCAAGGGCAACCGUCAAAUUCUGCAGGACUCACUGGGCCAUAGCUUUGGUAACGGCUGGGACAUCGAUAAUUUUGUCACAGUACCUCGGUGAAAAGAAAAUGCCGUACCCACGCUGGUCCAGGAAGAGAGGUUUUUACUGGAGCUGGUAUCCCUUCCACCAAGUCUUCUCGAUUUUGAUCGGUAUACUGGUAGGCUGGGGAAUGUCGGCUCUCAUGACAGUUACAGGAGCACUGACAGAUGAUCCCAACGAUUUCCAGUAUAUGGCAAGAACAGAUGCACGGUCAGGAAUCAUCAAGGACGCCAACUGGUUUAAAAUGCCUUAUCCUAAUCAGUUUGGAAGGCCGUCUUUCAAUGCUGGCAUUUUCAUUGCAUUUCUCAUUGCAACCAUAACGUCGAUCCUCGACUCUAUUGGUGAUUACUACGCAUGUGCAAGAGUCUGUAACAUUCCUCCUCCUCCACGACAUGCAGUUAACCGUGGGAUAGCUGUUGAGGGAUUUGGUAGUACCCUGUCUGGACUUUUUGGUUGUGGUCAUGCCACUACAACUUCCGGUGGAAAUAUCGGUGCCUUGGGAGUCACAAAGGUAGCGAGCAGGGACGUGUUUUGGUGGGUUUCUCUCAUUUACGUGGUAUUUGGUCUUGUUGGAAAAGUCUCGGCAAUCUUCAUCACAAUUCCGUUACCUGUGCUCGGUGGCGCUAUGAUGGUAAUGUUCGCAAUGUUUAAUGGCGUCGUGCUGUCAAACCUUCAGGUCGUAUCAUUGUCUUCUACACGGAACAUGGCAGUUAUGGGAACUGGACUUUUAAUGGGAUUAAUGGUGCCUUAUUGGCUUGAAGCUUUCCCAGAGGACAUUAGUACAGGAAGCCCAUAUUAUGACAAUAUUUUGAAAACUCUCCUUCUCAAUCCCAACCUUUGUGGAGGAGUGACAGCAUGUAUCCUCGAUAACACCGUGCCAGGUACACUUGAAGAAAGAGGGAUUACAGCUUGGCAGAACCCCGAAGAGGGAGAUAACUCUGUUAAGUACAGCGAAGGAUUAGAUGUAUAUAACCCUCUUAUCCCUGCAAAAUGGAUGUCAUGGAGAAUCAUGAAAUACAUCCCAUUUUGUCGGUACCAACCUGUACGCUCAGGCGACAUAAACAAUCACAUAGGAUAA